AAAAAAAAAAAAAAAAAAAAAAAAAGACCUUUUCAACAUCAUCACCGUCAAAUUCUUGCAGUAUACCUGCAUCUGUUUCUAAACAAGAGUAUUCAGAGACCAUGGACGUUAUUUCAACCACUAGUUCGGCCGCUCCUGCUCCUGCAUCAACCGAUCUAAAACAUCAGCAACCACCUCAACACUCCUUCAAUCUUAAACAAGAAUACUAUGACGAAAAUCUCAAACAGGAAUACUAUGAAGACUCUCUACAACAUUCACAACAACAACAACCACAGCCACAAUAUGAUACCGAUCAAGUCAUUAAAAAAGUGCCAGCGUCAAUCGAGGCAGAAUCUAUCUGUUCAGAACCAAUCCCAGAAGCAGUACAGACAGAAGAACCAGGAUCAACACCAGCAGGAACAACAGAGACGAAUAAAAAAAAAGUCUCUUGGAAGACCAAGGCCUGGGAUCUGUGGAUGAAGAAUUGGUUUCUUCUCGGACUAGUGGUUGUCAUCAUCCUUGCACGAUACUUCCCAGGAUGGGGUAGGACAGGUGGCCCCCUUCGUCCAGAGUACUCGGUCAAAUACGGUAUCACUGCAUGUAUCUUCUUACUCUCCGGUCUGUCACUCAAGACCAAAGAUCUACUCACAUCUGCUAUGAAUUACCGCGCCCAUCUGUUAAUCCAAUUGACCUCCUUCAUUGCCAUUCCCUUGGUGGUCAAGGCCAUCACUGCCUUGGUCGGCCUAUCGAGCUUCAAUGUUACUCUACUGGCCGGUAUGGCCGUCACCUCCGCAACUCCCACCACAAUCUCCUCAAAUGUCGUCAUGACCGCCAACGCCAAUGGGAAUGAGUCCUUGGCGUUGUUUAAUGCAGCUCUAGGCAACUUGUUGGGCGUCUUUAUUUCCCCGCUGAUCGUCCUGGCACUCUUACAUUCCACCGAACAAACACCCUCCGGAAGACAUGGACUGGAUUACGCGACUAUCUUGAGAGACCUUGGAACCACCAUCUUGGUGCCUAUCCUUGUUGGCCAAGUCUAUCUGUACUUCUUUCCUAAAACCAUCGUUUGGGCCAAGAAGAAGGUUCAUUUCCCCACGUUGAACAGUUCAUGUCUAUUGAUCUUGGUCUGGACCGUCUUCUGUGAUGCAUUCUACAACAACACCUUUGCAUCCGUUACUGCAGGUGAAAUCAUUGCCAUUGGAGCUCUACAAGCAUUCAUUUUCUGGAUCAUGACAUUCUUUUUAGGGUUCGUAGCCCGUGUACGACCUGCAAAGUUGCGGAUUCUAAAAAUUAUGGAUCUUAAUCAACAGGCCAAGGAUCAGCAAGAAGCUGAAUUAGAAGAAGGUCAGGAACAGGAUGACGAAUGGGCGGAGAAGGAUUAUUCUCAUAUUACACAGGGACUUUCUUUGCCCCGAACCGCGGCUCAAAAGUUUGCAGAACCCAUAUCGAAAGAAGAUACGAUUGCAAUCAUGUUCUGUGGUGCCACCAAAUCUGUGGCAAUGGGCAUCCCGAUGAUCAAGAUCCUUUACUCUAGUAGUACAGGCUCUGCACUGGCAGGUCUUUUGGCCACACCCUUGCUUAUCUACCAUGUGGAACAAUUGUUCAGUGGCGCCUUCAUGGUCGAUUGGUUGAAAAAAUGGGUCGGUCGUGGUGAGGAAACAUUAGAGUCAUUCGAGAAGAAGCCAAAAACAAAGACAAAGAAAGAUAAUACGGUCUCCGGUAUUGGAGCCUAACAGUCAUAAUAGAAUGAUUUGUAGGCCUCAGUGGUAGGAACGGAAGCAAGAAC